CCGAACUGAUCUUUCCCCUACACAGCCGCCUCAAUCAAAGCCGCAGGUAGCUACCGUGUCGUUGUCCGCCCUCUCUGGCCCGCUCGAAUCAACCGCCAUCCGCAAACACGACUAAUCUGACCACGCGCACACACACGUACACAUCGAGAGGCAGCCGCAUCCACACAGUCAGACCCGCCCGUAUCGUACCUGACUUCAUGCCAGCCAGUAUGUCUGAUCUCCUUCACUGUCACUGGGAAGCGUCCGAUGCUCGAGCCGUCAGGAAAGGCGGCACGGAUGGAGGGCAGGACAGCUCGACAGUACGCGAACAAACCAAAAAAGGAGAUGUCCACAGUCUGCAGCCCGGGGAAGAGGCUGAAGAGGGCCGACAGGAGGGUGGAUGUGAAAACGGCACGGAUGCGACUGCCAGCAUCCUCCACAGACACUGAACACACAAGUAGACGAGACAGCAAUGGACAAGAGAUAUGGAUCGCACGAUUGUCUUUGCAAACUCACUCUCAUCUAAAUCGAACUUGAAACACAGGUUGUCUAUCAUCGGCAGAUUGGUCAGGCCGGCAGCAGCUACCACGAUCUCCUCCGUCCCCAGCUCCCCUGGGUCAAUCGACACCUGUCGCACAACCCUCCCGCCCCCCAGCCCACCCAGCACGCCCAGCGCAUCAACGGCAGGCGGGCCCAAUGUUUCGACCUUGGCAACAUGAUUGGCCAGUUUGUCAGCCAGGAGACGACCGGCACUCACACCCAACCUGUCGUGGAUGAGCAGGGUAGUUGCCCUUGGGAGUGGCUGGAGGUGCUCGAUGAUGGUGGGCUGAGGCGAGGGGGUGUGGGAUGGGGGCGGCUGCUGGAAACUGGCCUGCACGAACACCGCCGCAGCGCGAUCGAAUGAGAGGCUGGAGGCGACGUCGACGGCCGCAUCGCUGGGGCUGUCGACGGGGUGGGUGAGGUCAUGCUGAGUGAUGGUGUAGAACACGCGUGAGGUCUGGCGCGCGAGGUGCUGCAUGAUGGUCUUGAAGAGGGGGGAGGGAUUGGGGGGGAAAUCGUCGCUGUUGAAGAUGGACAACUCGAAACUACCCACAAUCGAGUUCUCGAAUAUGACUGGUGCGUCGGGUCGGCAGCAUGCCCUGUGCAGCGACUCCACCGACUGCAUGAGGGGAAGGACACUGCUGUAGACAGAGUAGAAGCCCAUCCGCAGGGUGAGCUGGGUGAGCGACUGGCGGCAUCCACGCGACCACAGCGCUGCCUGAAAGGCACACAUGAUCGAGACCAUGAGACAGCAACAUAUACGUCAUCCUUCAUAUGUAUCGGUAGCUAACCCGCAGUCGGUCCACCGCUGCACGAGGGUGGGCAAAAUCGCCGCCUAGAAGGACCGUGCCUAUGCAUUCCAGACGUGCCAGGGGCCCCGGCUGCCCGGCCACUGCCACCGGCAU